UACUAUAUUAUUGAUCUAUGGCAGAUUUUCAUAAAUAAUAACUAUUGUUUUACUCUACUAUUGUUGCUAAGGCGACAUUGACAAUAUCCGUCAGUUGUUUGUUUAUAUAUUCGUAAAAUGCAUCACAUACCCGUUAUCUACGUCAAACCAGAUGAGAUUAUUAAAGAUUCUCCAAACAAGGAAAGUAUUUAUCGAAUUAUAAAAUCGGCGCCUCCUAUUGAAAAGAAAGAAAAAAGAUAUGUUUCAAAAUACAAAGAUAUAGUGAAAAGAGAGUAUUUCAAUAAGAUCGGUUUAAAUCAUACCAUGGGAUACGAGAAAGUACCUUUGCCGUCACCACAGAAUUUUUUAAAAAAGCAUAGUAAAGAACCGGUGUUACCUCCAAGAAAACUAUUCAAGUAUCCAGAAAGUCGUAGAAAACCUAUGAUAUCAAUUGGCAUUUCACCCACAUCAGAUUUACCAGUUAAAAAUUUUUUAGUAGAAAAUGUACGAAACGCUAUUCAAAUGACACCACCAAAAUUAAUUCCUAGACAAGUAGAUAAUAGAUUCGGAGAUUGCAUGGAAUUGGAAUCAUCUGGAUUGUUACCUAAAUAUUUUAGAAAAAAAGAAUACGGAUUAAUUCCUAAGUAUUUGAUUAAAAGAAACCACGAUUUAUUAACAUCGGAGAUGAUGAUUAACAAAUAUAUUAAUAAAGAAUAUCAAAAAGGCGAUCUUCCGAAAAUAACAGAAAAUGAAAGGGAAUCUGUUUUAAGAGGGUUAAGAAACAACUGGAAUAAACUAAAUAGUAUUUAUUUGUCUUUGCCUCUGGUUCCCGACACAUUGAGAAAAAUAUGGACCAAGGAAGAGUUGGAAAGACGUUUGGGACAAUUGGAACGAGAUAUAGAUUUAAUCAGUAAAUUCGAAGAUAUACGUAUUGCUCCAUCCGAAAAAAAUCAUUAAUUUUUUUAUAUAUCAAAAUUGUUAUGAAAAUUACUUUGUACAAUUAAUUAUUA